AUGUGGAGGCUAUCAUGGCACUAUCUACCCCCCUGCCUCUUCCUGUUGGACUUGAAUUUUCAAGCCAUUUCCUCAUCUCCUUAUAACUCUUCUUCUCGUUCAAUCAAACUUUGCUCCCCUGAACAAAGCUCUGCCUUACUCCAUUUCAAGAGCACCUUAAAAAUUCAUAGUUAUUCUUCCUAUCCUUGCGAAGAAUAUUAUUAUCCUAAGACAGAUUCUUGGAAAGAGGGAAGUGAUUGUUGCACAUGGGAUGGGGUCACUUGUGAUAGCUACAUUGGUCAUGGCAUUAGCCUUGACCUUUCUUUAAGUGGGAUCCGUGGCACUGUCAAUGACAAUAGCAGUCUCUUCCUCCUUCACAAUCUCCAGAAGCUCAAGUUUGAUCGUAAUGAUUUCAAUGAAUCCACAAUCUCAUCCAAGUUUGGUAAAUUCACGAAAUUAAUAUAUCUUAACCGUUCUUUCUCAGGAUUCCAUGGCGUAGUUCCAACUGAAAUCUUUCACCUAUCUAAACUUGUUUUGCUUGACCUCUCUAAUGGUAUUUUUCCCCUUCGAUUACCUGAAUUGAGCCAACAUGUUUUUAAUAAGCACUUACAGAACCUUACAAAAUUAAGAUAUCUUCAUCUCGAUGAUGUGGAUUUGUCUUCAGUUGCACCUGGCUCUUUGCUGAACUUGUCUUCUACUAUGAUAUCUCUUUCAGUUGGCAGUACUCGUCUACAAGGCAGGUUUCCAAAUGGUGUUUUCCACCUUCCGUUCCUCCAGAAGUUGAGUUUGAUCGGAAAUGGAAAUCUUAGAGGACAAUUACCUGACACAAUGAGCAAUCUUCUAUACUUGAAUGUAUUGAAUCUCUCUUUUGCAAAUUUCUUUGGAAAAUUGCCUGACAAAAUUGGCAAUCUUAGAUACUUGAAUGUGUUGGGUCUUCAGGGUUCGAAAUUCGCAGGUCAUAUUCCACCAUUAUUGGAAAAUUUGACAAGUCUUGAAUCAUUAGACCUCUCCUUCAACAAGCUUGUUGGAGAGAUUCCUAAUCAAUUGGCAAGUCUGACAUUUCUUUCUGUGUUGAAUCUUUCAUACAACCGGUUUGUGGGAUAUAUACCUCAAGGAAAUCAAUUUGAUACAUUUCAAAAUGACUCAUACAUUGGAAACUUGGAGUUCUGUGGAUCCCCAUUGUCAAAGAAAUGUGGUAAUGAUAGUGAGGCUCAGAAUCAUAGCAAGAAUGAAGAGAACCCAUCCAAGAAGAAGAAAUUAGUCACUUCAAGCGCUGCUCUUAACAAGAUUUCACCCAGAAUUCAUCACUAUCCAAAGUUUCACUUCUAUAGAUUGCCGAAAAACAAAAUUUCCGACACUAGAACCCACGUGAAACCAAUAAACAAAGUCACUGCAGAACUGGGUCAUGAAAAAAAUGAAGUUUUGGAUUCAAAUUUAGAGAAAGUUAAGAUUCUGAUGAAAGGGGGAGUCGUUUUAGGGGCACUUGUUUGUGGGGUUUUUGUUUUUGGUUGCAAGAGAGUUUUUGCUGUGGAGAGUGCAGUAAAUGCAGGGUAUGGAGUUAUUGGACAGAGCAUAUUGUUGUUGAAGAAUGCUUGGCCUAAAGUUUCUCAGGUUUUGAGAGUGUUUAAAGAGCAAGGUUUGGUUUUGGCUGCGCUUUUGGGGUUGUCUGCGUUCUUUUCAAUGGUUGAGACAUCAAUCACCACGCUUUGGCCUUGGAAGGUUGAUGAAUUGGCAGAAAAAGAGCCUGAUAAUGGUGUCUUUAAAAUGCUUCGCAGUGAUGUUACUCGGUUUUUGACGACUAUUCUCAUUGGCACAACUGUGGCAAAUGUUGGAGCCACUGCGUUGGUCACAGAGGCAGCAACAGCUUUAUUUGGUGAGGCUGGUGUCAGUGCAGCAACAGGAGUAAUGACUGUGGCCGUGUUACUUCUCACUGAAAUUACUCCAAAAAGUAUUGCUGUUCAUAAUGCCACAGAGGUUGCUAGGUUUGUGGUCAGGCUAGUGGCAUGGCUUUCCUUGGUACUUUACCCUGUGGGAAGAGUUGUUGCAUAUCUAUCAAUGGGAAUGCUAAAAGCUCUUGGCUUGAACGGAAGAAGUGAGCCAUAUGUUACUGAAGAUGAGUUGAAGCUGAUGUUGCGUGGAGCAGAGUUGAGUGGGGCAAUAGAGGAGGAAGAACAGGUAAUGAAAUUAAUGAAUUAUAAUUUUCCUAUAUUUUCACGUUUUGAUGUUAAAUAUAACCAUAUAAUGGAUCUGCUGGAUUAUGUUCAGAAGGGGGAUCUCUUAGAAAGUACUAUAGUGGGAGACAUGGCCUACAAACCUGCAUACUUCGUCCCUGAUUCAAUGUCAGUUUGGAAUCUUCUCAGAGAGUUCCGCAUUAGGAAGGUUCACAUGGCUUUUGUUCUAAAUGAGUAUGGUGGAACUGUGGGGGUAGUGACCCUGGAAGAUGUGGUUGAGGAAAUUGUUGGUGAAAUCUUUGAUGAAAAUGAUUCAAAAGAGGAGAUCCAGAAGAAAACUGGCUACAUUGUGAUGCGAGCAGAGGGAAUAUAUGAUGUGGAUGCUAAUACAUGUAUUGAUCAGCUUUCUGAAGACUUAAAUAUCAAAAUGCCAGAGGGUCAUCAGUAUGAGAUGGUAUCAGGUUUUAUAUGUGAGGCCUUUGGAUACAUCCCAAGGACCCGUGAGAGUGUGAAAGUGGUCCUUGAAAAGGAAAACCAGAAAGAAAACGAAGAACAUUAUGAAUCUGGAUCUGACCGCCAAGAAUUGAAGGAAAAGCAUCUGAUCUACAAACUCGAGGGGGCCGCAACAUCCAUCAGACAUCACCAGGGGAACUUUCAUAUGUUUGUUCUUUCUAUUGAAAGCCCGGUGGCUUGUAGGAUCGUUGAAGGAGGGACAUCGUCAAAAGGGGAGAAGGCCAAAACAAGAGACACAUGGAAGAAAAUAAUAGUUCUUACAAGUUUCUAG